AGAGUUCGUGUUUCCUGCGAAGAGAAGAACGUUUCUCCAGCAGCCAGAGUUUUCACAGUCGUCUUGAACCAAGCACACUAAAAUGGCGUCGGCUCCGGCAGAUUACAGCACCUACAGCCAGACCACUGCACAGCAGGGAUAUGCCUCUUAUGCUGCCCAGCCCUCUCAGAGCUAUGGACAGUCUGCUCAGAGCUAUGGUCAACAGGGUUAUGGAUCCUAUGCCCAACCUGCGGCUGCUGAUGCCAGCUACACCCAGACAACCCCUGCUGCUGCUGCAGGCUACACUCAGCAACAGCAGACACAGUAUGGGUCUUCAUAUGCCCAGCCUGCUUCAGCUGGGUAUCCUGCUGCCCAGUCUACCACACACACAUACUCCCAGUCAACCCAGGGUUAUGGAGCCAGUGGUUAUGACAGUACUCCAGCGGCUGCUGCCCCUGCUGCCUCCCAGUCUUACGGCUCUCAGCCAGGGUAUACUGCCCAGUCUGCCUACCCUGGUUAUGGCCAGCAGGCUGCUCCCACUGCACCACAGAGUUACAAUGCUAGCAGCCAGCCUGCCAGUUACAACCAAAGUAGCUACUCCACGCCCGCAGCAUAUGGGCAGCAGCAGGCAGGCUACCAGGCCCAGCAGGCGAGCUACGGCCAGCAGCAGGCCGGCUACCAGCAGCAGACCCCGCAGCAGCAAGCUCCUCCUGCUUACCCUCCCCAGACUUCGGGUUCCUACGGCCAGCCCCCAGCCAACCAGUACAGCCAGCAAGGUGGACCUCCCAGUUAUAACCAGUCUAACCAUUACAAUAACUACAGACAGGAGGGCCAGAGUGGAAGUUCUAGUUACUCUGGCUCUGAGUCUUCGAGGUACCCAGGGUCAGGGGAACGGGGCCCAAGCAGGGAUGGCUUUGAUCGAGGUGGAAUGAUGCAUCGUGGGCGUGGAGGCAUGGGUCGUGGAGGCAUGGGCAGCGCUGGAGACAGAGGUGGCUUCAGUAAGCCCGGUGGACCAAUGAGUGACGAGCGUGAAACGGGACGCCCUGAGGAGCAGGAUGACUCUGAGAACAGCACGAUCUACAUCACAGGAUUGACCGAGAAGGCUGUCCUGGAGGAGAUGGCCGAGUUCUUCAAACAUGUUGGCCCAAUCAGGAUUAACCGCAGACUUGGCCAGCCUGCCAUUAACAUUUACACCGACAAGGACUCAGGGAAGCCCAAAGGAGACGCCACCCUGUCCUAUGAGGAGCCAUCCUGUGCCAAAGCAGCUGUGGAGCAUUUUGAUGGAAAGGAGUUCCAAGGCCGCAGGCUCAAGGUGUCCAUGGCGCGCCGUAAGCCCAUGAUGGGUGGUAUGAGGGGUGGCAUGCCCAUGAGAGACGGCAUGAUGGGUCGUGGAGGCAUGAUGGGCCGCGGAGGAGACCGUGGUGGGUUCAUGCCCCGUGGCGGUCCUCGUGGUAUGGGCAGAGGGGGACCCACCGGAGGGAACAUGCAGCAGAGAGCUGGAGACUGGGAGUGUCCAAACCCCGGUUGCGGAAACCAGAACUUUGCCUGGCGGAUGGAAUGUAACCAAUGCAAAGCGCCCAAGCCAGAAGGGAUGGGUGGUGGCGGCGGUGGUGGUGGUGGUGGUGGUGGCGGCGGCGGUGGCCCUCCAUUCCCCCCCGGCGGUGACAGAGGCAGAGGUGGGAUGGGCAUGCGUGGCGGCCGAGGGAUGGACCGCGGAGGGCCCGCAGGAGCUGGAGGUCCCGGCGGUUUCCGUGGAGGUUGGGGAGGCGACCGUGGGGGAUUCAGAGGACGAGGGGGGAUGGAUCGGGGAGGUUUCCGUGGGGCGGGGCGUGGAGGACCCCCCAUGGACCGGAUGGAUCGGGGCAGAGGACGAGGAAUGGGUGGCCCACCAGGCGGAAAGAUGGAUAUGAGGGACCAUCGCCAGGAGCGCAGAGAGCGGCCCUACUGAAGAAAAACGUCUUGACUGUUCCUCCUGUCGAAGUUUUUUUUAUUUAUGAUUCCAUAUUUUAAUGGUUAAAUAACUGCUUUUCAUAAAACCUGUGCAGUUUUAUUCAACUCCUGUUUCCACUUUUUUAUUUUUAGUUUACCCAUUUUAUGCCACAUAUUGUUCCGUGCAUGUUUUUGUUUUUUUGCUUUUUUUUAAUAUGCCCUUUAGAUUUGACAUUGUGUAGUAAAAUGCUGUUUUUCAUUCGUCCGAAAUAAUUGCUUCCCCUUUCCCAUAACUGGCAAUUGUAUUAUGACAAAUUUGGGAAAUAAAAUUUUACCAAUUUCA